GGUGGACGCCAGUUGUGCGGUUCGCUCGGUGCCUCCUUUUUGUUCAGCUCGCCUCGACUCGAUUCGCGUGCGUGCCGCGCCGUGUGUGACAUCCGCCAUAUAUAAUAAUAUAUUCGCCUUCCCCAUACCCACACAUAUAUAUUUAACAGUUCCCCCAUCCCCAUUCCCAUUCCCAUCCACCCAAAUCCGAGCAAAUUGCAAAUACACAUGCGUAUGCAGUGCAGUGAUUCACCGAUUGAGUGCGUUGGCCCCUGGCUGAGAGUUGUGUCCCAUAAAUCCCGCAAAGUGUUUGCAGGCUAUCACCCGAAAAGUGGGUAGAUCGGACAUAUAUGCGGUACACGAUAUACGGUUCUACGGAUCGGAGCACAGCGGUGUAGUGUAGACGGCCUUUGCCCAGUGUUAUGAGCACUUUUGUCGCCGCUCGUGUCGCUGUGCGUGUGUCGGAGGAGAUCACUUUAAAAAUAACAGAUUUGUUUGAUGCUAUUUAUAAAAGGCGGGCCAAGUUUUCGUUCCGUUUCGCAUUGUGAGGCUGAGGCUUUUGGCUUUUGGCGUUCAGCUUUCGGAUUUCGGUUUGUCAGGUUUGCCCAGAGUGUCUUCUAUUCUCUGGUACUCGCCUGCACUUGAACGCCAUCCGAAUAUCGCGGCAUUAUUAAUUCGACAGCGUUUCUGUGCCAGUGUCGCAAUGUAAACAGCCAAAAUGGCAAGCGGUUUGAUCGGCACCAAUUUCACCACCACAUUGACAAAUGGGAUGUCGGGGUGUGAUCAAAGCACUGUCGAAUCAUUGGCCGACGAUCCAACAGAUUCACCAUUCGAUGCCGAUGAUUGUCUCAAGGUGCGCAAGUACUGGUGCUUUCUGCUGUCCAGCAUCUUUACAUUCCUUGCUGGCCUGCUCGUGGUGCUACUAUGGCGAGCCUUCGCGUUCGUCUGCUGCCGCAAGGAGCCGGACCUGGGGCCCAACGACCCCAAGCAGAAGGAGCAGAAGGCCUCCCGCAACAAACAGGAGUUCGAGGGCACCUUUAUGACAGAAGCAAAAGACUGGGCUGGAGAGCUUAUCUCGGGUCAAACAACAACUGGUCGAAUUUUGGUCGUACUCGUAUUUAUACUCAGCAUUGCAUCCCUCAUCAUAUACUUUGUUGAUGCAUCUAGCGAAGAAGUCGAAAGAUGCCAAAAGUGGAGUAACAACAUUACUCAACAGAUCGAUCUCGCAUUCAAUAUAUUUUUUAUGGUUUACUUUUUUAUACGAUUCAUAGCGGCGUCCGAUAAGCUUUGGUUUAUGUUAGAAAUGUACAGUUUUGUAGAUUAUUUUACAAUACCCCCGUCCUUCGUAUCAAUAUAUUUAGAUCGAACAUGGAUCGGUCUUCGAUUUCUUCGAGCGCUACGUCUCAUGACUGUUCCAGAUAUUUUACAAUAUUUAAACGUACUAAAAACAUCGAGCUCCAUACGCUUGGCUCAACUAGUAUCAAUUUUUAUAUCCGUGUGGUUAACAGCAGCGGGCAUUAUACAUCUGCUGGAGAACUCUGGCGAUCCGCUGGAUUUUAAUAAUGCUCAUCGUUUAUCGUAUUGGACCUGUGUCUAUUUCCUAAUUGUGACCAUGUCAACGGUAGGAUAUGGUGACGUUUACUGUGAGACUGUCCUGGGAAGAACAUUUCUCGUGUUCUUUCUGCUCGUCGGCUUGGCAAUGUUUGCCAGCAGUAUACCGGAGAUAAUUGAACUCGUCGGUAGUGGCAAUAAGUAUGGCGGUGAACUGAAAAGAGAACACGGAAAGAGACAUAUUGUGGUAUGCGGUCAUAUAACAUACGAGUCCGUGUCGCAUUUCCUGAAGGACUUUCUCCACGAAGAUCGGGAGGAUGUCGAUGUCGAAGUGGUCUUUCUCCAUCGUAAACCACCCGAUUUGGAACUUGAGGGUUUGUUCAAACGUCAUUUUACCACCGUGGAGUUCUUCCAAGGAACCAUUAUGAAUCCGAUCGAUCUGCAGAGGGUUAAGGUACAUGAAGCCGACGCCUGCCUCGUGCUAGCUAACAAAUAUUGCCAAGAUCCCGACGCAGAAGAUGCUGCCAACAUCAUGAGAGUCAUCUCGAUCAAAAACUACAGCGACGACAUUCGAGUCAUCAUCCAGCUGAUGCAGUACCAUAACAAGGCGUACUUGCUGAACAUACCAUCGUGGGACUGGAAACAGGGCGACGAUGUCAUUUGCCUGGCCGAACUGAAGCUGGGCUUCAUUGCGCAGAGUUGCUUGGCGCCCGGGUUCUCGACCAUGAUGGCCAACCUGUUCGCCAUGAGAUCGUUCAAGACGUCACCAGACACACAGGCCUGGCAAAAUGAUUAUCUUCAAGGUACAGGGUGUGAGAUGUACACCGAAACCCUAUCACCUUCAUUUACCGGCAUGACAUUCCCACAAGCCAGCGAACUGUGCUUCUCCAAGCUGAAGCUCCUGCUGCUGGCCAUCGAGAUCAAGGGCGCCGAGGAGGGGGCGGACAGCAAGAUUUCCAUAAACCCAAGGGGUGCCAAAAUCCAGGCCAACACCCAGGGUUUCUUCAUAGCACAAAGUGCCGACGAGGUGAAGCGUGCCUGGUUCUACUGCAAAGCCUGCCAUGAGGACAUCAAGGACGAGACGCUGAUCAAGAAAUGCAAAUGCAAAAACUUGGCCACCUUCCGGAAAGGCGUCCGAGCCGUACAAAUGGUUGGGCGUGCAAAAGACGAUGAAUACUCGUUGUCAAAUGAACACCAUCCUGCACCCACAUUUACGCCUCCAGAGCUACCCAAGCGGGUGCAUGUGCGUGGAUCUGUAUCGGGUGAUAUCACACGUGACAGAGAAGAUACGAAUCUACUCAAUCGCAAUGUGCGCCGUCCGAAUGGCACUGGCAACGGUACAGGUGGCAUGCACCACAUGAACAACACGGCAGCGGCUGCUGCGGCAGCUGCGGCGGCGGGAAAGCAGGUGAACAAGGUGAAGCCCACAGUGAAUGUGAGCCGGCAGGUGGAGGGCCAAGUGAUAUCGCCAUCGCAGUACAACAGGCCACCAGAGAAUGAUGCUAACCCUUAUGCGGGCUAUCAACUUGCUUACGAAGUUAAAAAGCUCAUGCCGACGAGUCGCAGUUCCGGCACGGGCACACAGAAUCAAAACGGCGGCGUCUCACUGCCCGCCGGCAUUGCGGACGAUCAGUCGAAGGACUUUGAUUUCGAGAAGACCGAAAUGAAGUACGACUCGACGGGCAUGUUCCACUGGAGUCCCGCAAAGAGCUUAGAAGACUGCAUACUGGAUCGCAACCAGGCGGCCAUGACCGUGCUGAACGGCCACGUAGUCGUGUGCCUGUUCGCUGAUCCCGAUUCGCCGCUGAUCGGGCUGCGGAACCUGGUGAUGCCGCUGCGGGCGUCCAACUUCCACUACCAUGAGCUGAAGCACGUGGUCAUUGUGGGCUCGGUGGACUACAUACGGCGCGAGUGGAAAAUGCUGCAGAACCUGCCCAAGAUCUCGGUGCUCAACGGAUCGCCGCUGAGCCGCGCCGACCUGCGGGCCGUGAACGUCAAUCUGUGUGAUAUGUGCUGCAUCCUGUCGGCCAAAGUUCCUAGCAACGACGAUCCCACGCUGGCCGACAAAGAGGCGAUCCUCGCCUCGCUGAACAUCAAGGCCAUGACCUUUGACGACACGAUCGGUGUUCUGAGCCAGCGCGGUCCGGAGUUCGACAACCUGAGCGCCACCGCCGGCAGUCCCAUUGUGCUGCAGCGGAGGGGCUCAGUCUACGGCGCCAAUGUGCCCAUGAUAACAGAACUGGUCAAUGAUAGUAACGUGCAGUUUCUCGAUCAAGACGACGACGAUGAUCCAGAUACAGAACUAUAUCUGACGCAGCCUUUCGCCUGCGGCACAGCCUUCGCUGUGAGUGUGUUAGACUCGCUGAUGUCCACGACUUACUUCAAUCAAAACGCCUUAACGCUGAUCCGCUCACUGAUAACGGGCGGCGCCACGCCCGAGCUGGAAUUGAUCCUGGCCGAGGGGGCUGGCCUCCGGGGAGGCUACAGCACCGUGGAGAGUCUGAGCAAUCGGGACAGAUGUCGAGUGGGUCAGAUCUCACUGUACGACGGUCCGCUGGCUCAGUUCGGGGAGUGCGGCAAGUACGGGGACCUCUUUGUGGCGGCCCUCAAGUCGUACGGAAUGCUGUGCAUCGGAUUAUACCGAUUCAGGGACACCAGCUCCAGCUGUGAUGCGAGCAGCAAACGUUAUGUAAUAACCAACCCACCCGAUGACUUUUCACUACUGCCAACAGAUCAGGUAUUCGUUUUAAUGCAAUUCGAUCCGGGCCUGGAGUACAAGCCGCCAGCGGUUCGAGCACCUGCCGGCGGACGAGGCACCAACACACAGGGCUCCGGGGUCGGCGGGGGCGGCUCCAACAAGGAUGAUAACUCUUGAUUGUUACUGUGUAGCGCCUUAACUGAUGGUCCUUAUUCGUACAUUUGAACGAUGGAGAAGCUAAUCGAAGGCAGAGCAGCGCAUUUGUGGCACCGCACCCACAACUACCUAUUGGCAUAAGAUAUUCAGACAAGCGCAACAAAUCGGCAGAGAAAAAAGACAUAUUUGUAUGUAAUUUCGAUUGUACCGUGUACAAAAGUGAAAUCAAAAGCGUUAACUAGUUAGAGAUACGAACCCUUGCGUGCCAUUUAAAUGCGCUGCUCUGCUUUUUUAUGUGUGCGGAGGCAUGCGGCCCGGUGUAUUUUGUCCAUCCCAACUAACAAUCAAGAGACAGCCCGAACCACAGACCACCAGAUCAACGUCGACGGCAACGUCGCCUGUCUCCGCACAUAUAAAAAGCUAAUCCGGAUCGGGGGAACACGAACCAUAGCCCUGAUAUCCAUCGUUCAACUGCCAACUGAUUGCUUCCCACAUCAUUCCGUAUGCCUUUUUAGAACCUUGAAAUUAUCAUAUUCUGUAUACUUAUAAUUUUAAUCUUACAACUACAUUGGUUAAUCUUGUAUCCUUCUUUAUCCAUAUUAUUUUGUAAUCGACUUUGUGCCCCAAUAAAAUAUUAUUAUCAUUUGAGUUUUCAGUUUGUUAUCUGUUGAUUGCCCCGAAUUAAGUUCUCCAAGCAACAAUCAUUAGUUAUUCUUAUGGGUAUGUAUUUACGUAUGAGUGAUUUCUACCAUCAUUUACAUUUAAGAAUCGUUUGUCAUUAACUUUCAUUUACAUUUUGAGUUCUCUUCAUGGCGCUAUCAUUGCAUAAGAAACAAUUGAAAAUUGAAUUCUAAACGAAAAUCCAUCUCAAUGGUGUGACGUAAGCAAUUGGGAACCAUUAGUGAGGUAAGCUACACAUUAAACAAGGAAGCGAGGAAGACUCAGCCACACACUGAGCGAAAAACCAACUACCAAAAACUACAACUAAGUCUACUCGAUCUAUGUACUCUCAUGUCUCAAAAUCUUUCUCUAAGCCGCCGAAUGCGGCCACAACGCAACAAUUUAUAACGAUCACACGAAUUAAACACUGAAAACAGAGAUUUGCGAGAUUGCUUUUGGCUGAGAUACAGAUACUGAUAGCGAGAUACAGAUACAGAUACCGAUACAAGGCAAUGAGGCUAAAAUUCAAAAACUGCAUUUAGAAGUUUCUGAGCAUGCGCAAAACGAUUUAUAUAGAGCAGAGCAUAUUGUAAUCAUUAAACUUUUAAAGUAAAACUAAACACAAAUAUCGAUUAACGACACCUAAAGGCCAACAAUUUGCUAGCUAAUUCGUAUCGUACACCUAAAGCAAAUACAUACAUGACUCGGCCUAAUAUCUUUUAUGAAAGCCAGAGAAAACAUGGUUGUUUCGGCCAAAGAUUGCCCAGUCAGGGGCGAUUCGAGCCAAAUACUAAGCCAUAUGCAAAGAAUAACACUUAACUAGAGGAAUCUCAGCUUUUUCACUCGACACAAGUCAGAUUUGCUAAUUCUAAAUUGAAAAACUUCUUUCAUUCACAUCUCAACACACGACACACAAAAGAGAGCUAUAUAACUCUCGAGUAAACACGACAAAAUAUUGUAAGUAGCGCAUUCGAAUCAUUAUUCAAUACCACUUAAUAUAGAGGACACCUAUGCCGGAAUAUAGAGUGCGACGAAGGUCGAAGAAAAAGUAGUUAGUAAUAUUUUUUAGUGUAUGUGAAUGUGUGCGCUUUUUACCAGCGAUUUACGAGCAGCAACUGUGGUGUUCUAAACAAAUUUUGAUAGAUACAAUCGGUAACCAAGAAUGGCGAAAACGUUAUAUGUAUUUCCUUCCGACUUCUCUCUGUAUAACUUCUACCCUAACUUCUCUACCGACUUCACGCACUUGCGCUCGAAACGCCAAAGUGGAACGCUCUGAUUUUUGUACAUAGCCUGUAAAUAUGAUAAGCAACUGAUACCGAUACUAAUGUAUCUCGAAUACGUUAUCGUUUAACUCGUUUAUCCCGUGCUGUUUCGUUUUGCCGUUCAAAAAGAGUUUUCGGGUCAUAAUUGUAAUUUGUUCAAAUGAUAAACACUGCCAAAGCGUAUAGAAAUCACAUUAAAUGUAGAUCAAAUCAACCAAAAGCUGACAGCAUUCAUUCAAUAGAGGAAAAGCCAAAAUACCAAAGAAGCGUAACAAGAAAAUUGCACAGAACAGCAUCCCAUGGAUUUGUUUGAUUGUUUCCACAAAUGAUUAGCGAAUAACAAAUUUAAGUAAAACGAAUUCGAGCUUUUAAAUUUAAUACGAAAACCAAAUAAAAAAAUAUAACAAUUUAUAAGUGAAUGCGAGAAUAAAGAAGAGCCAAUUACCAUUUCGUUUCAUAUUUGAUUUGUAGCGGAAUUUUGUGUAGCCUAGGCUUACCCAGAACGUAAAUUAAAAACAAAAUAUGUGAAUAUUAUGCGCCUUCGAAAUUUAUGUAAACGUGUAUGUAGCCGUGCGAUGUGAGAAACAUUUAAACUCCAUUAAAAAAAAUUAAAGUUAAUGGUAAAGGUAACGUCGACGGUAAAGGUAUAUGGUAAUGGUAAUGGUAAUGGUAAAGUAAUCGUAAAUAGACAAGUGUAAAUGUUAACGAAUCGAGAGCAUAGCAUAGCUUAGCAUAAACAUAAGACGACUAGGUAUCGCGACAAGCAGUUCAUAUAUUGUUAAUGAUAAACUUAUUAUUAAAUCGACAACAAAACGCAUUUGCAAUCCUAAAAUAAUAUGGAAACGAUGAUAGAGGUGGCGUAGCGAAAACCCAAAAGUUAAACAUAAUUUUUAAAUGAAUAAACUAGUUAUUAAAUUUAUAGAAACCUCACUUAUACACCCCCACAACACUAAUACUCUCACACACACACACACACACGCGACAGCGAUGAACAACCCAACAACAAGAACAAAAAUGAACUCUCGAUGUUGUGAAACUUGAUAAAAUCAUGUUUACGCUAUAGCAGAUCUACAUAAAUGAAAUAAAAAAGGAACGCAAGUAAAGUACAUAUUCAACCGAGAAAAACCAGAAACGAAAGCUUCUUUAAAACAAGCAAAAGAAAAUUUAUCGAAAAUUAUAGAAAAGAUAAAUCCGCUGACAAAGCUGCCUUUCCCAUUUGCAUUUCCAAUUCAUAUUUGAUAAUAACUUCGGGUAUUUUUCCACUUCGCUCAAUUUAACACUUCCGAGCAGCUUUGUUCACAGAAAGUAAUAAUACAUAUAUUAAUAAUGUCGCAUAAAACUACUCAAUGCCGUAUAAACUAGUGUAAGUGCAAAGGUUUUUGUAGAAAAUUCGUCAAUAAAAUGCCACAAAAAAAAUAUAAAAUAUAUUAUCAUACUCGUAAA